ACCAGAACGAGGCGCUCAGACCAGACAGUCCUCCUCUGAUCUGGAAUCAGCUUCUCUAAUGAGAGCGUCUUUCAUUUGAACUUCACUGUUACCACUCAGCUUUGGAGAUUACGCGUUUCUUGUCAGUGGUUUGGCAAACAACGUUGUGAAAAGUAACAUCAAAUCUACCAGUGGAGAGCAUUAAACUCUACAAACGUCUCUAGAGGCCUUUGACUGAACUUCGGUCACACCGGAGAUUUCAGCGUUAACAAAGAGCAGUUUGAAGGCGAUUGAAGGGACCAGACUGGGGGAAAUCAGCGCAGCUGUGAUUUUUAAAGGAACAGCUCUUUGUAAAGGAGAGGCUGUUUCUUUCCUCGGAAUGGACGCGGUCGCCGUGUCACUGCAGAGGAAGAUUGAUUUCUUGCAGCAGCAGCACAGAGAAACCCUGAGAGAGCUGCACUCGGAGAUAGAGCGGUUAAGACGACAAAACAAGGACCUGCAGUUCAAGCUGAUCAUGGAGCCUCCAGAGUCCUGCAGAAAAAGGUCCAGUCACAAAGGACAAAAUCACUGGCCAGAGUCCAAUACAUUUCAGUCACAGAAAGGAAUCUACUUUGAACAGACACUAGAAGAUAUACACCUGCCCCAAGAUGGAAACCUUGGCCAUCAGAUGAAACAUGGAGAGGAUGCCUCAGAGACCACAACAGCAGGUGGGCCUGAGUUGGUCUCAGUGGCCAAAGGGGGCCUCAUCACCUCUUUACACCCUUUAAGAAUCCACUGCAACCCAUCCCAGCCCCCAAGAGCCCCCACCCUGCAGGAGUGUGAAGUCAUUAUACGGCAGCUCUACAACGCUAACAGCCUACAGUCCCAAGAAAUACUCCGCAUCAAGGCUGUACUUAGGGACAUCGUUUUCAACAAGAGAAUCACUCCAGAGAAUUACAUAUUGACCAAAGCCUAUCUUGCUGAUGAUCAAAGAACUGAAGAACGAGAGAAGUUCCCAAAGCUUCCUUUUCACGCACUGUCCAGAGGGCUGGACAGACCAGUGUGCCAAGCCAACACGGUGGACAGAAUGAUUCUUCCUGCCCUCAAACAAAGCCUCAGCAUCAGUUUUGCUGAGAGACAGAGGAGAACCCGUGCUAUGCAGAGGAGCCGAUUACGCAGAACAGUAACAUGAAACAGGCAAAAAGGUCACAAAUGUGCAAGCUAUCUACAUUAGCUAAGUAAAUCAUGAUGUUUGUGAAGAAAUGUGAAGAAUCUUUCACACAGUUCAAAUUCUAAAUGCUAAAACUGGACUGA